UUUCAUGUCUGAUUUAGACCGGUUCAGAGGUUUCGGAGUGAACCCCGUGCGCGUCAGAGGGCGGCUCUUUACGCACCAUUAUAAAAGCUUAACGCCCUCCCUGCGCGCGCUGUCCCGCUCCAGUCUGGAUCUAUGUUGUAUGUAGACGGGAUUCAUGCCCCACGCCGUUAGCCUGCACGUCGCAAAGGUUGAAAGUUUGAUUUCACGUUAUUCGCCGUUCUCCUUCCUCCUCCUCCUCCUCCUCCUCCCGGGGGGCUUCGUUUCUCCUGUGCUUGGAUACCGCGCGGACUUAAGCAUUGGAUAUGUGCACACAGGAUGAUGACAACCCCUUUCCUCCCCGUAGAAGUAAAAUAAAAUAGGCUUUCGCACACACUGGAUUUGCUGCUGUCGUUCCAUAUGAAGAAGCCAAAAAUUUGGAUACGCGUCUGUGUCCAUUUACUGCUGUUCAUCACGCUUGGGGUACAUUCAAGCAAAUUUGACGCCAACCCAGUGACAGAUGACAUCUCUAGACUUUCUAUUCUGAGACAAAAUAUUCCCAAAGAUUACAAAAUUCCUGUAAAAUACAUUCCGAGGGAAGAGGGAGGGAUGUGUUGGGUGAAAUUAAACGUCUUCAACUUAGAGGAAAGUUUAAAACGUUUAGAGGAUAAGUUUGGAAACAUUUCCUCCAACAGGAAAGAUAUUAGCAUAUUCAUCCAAAUGUUCCAAGAACUGCGGAUCAGCAUGGGCUCUUUGGAGCUGAUCAUGUACGAGUUUGACUGCCACUGGAGGGAAGAGAGGUGGCAGACGGCGCGCUACUUUGACUUCGUCAAAGACUUCCUCAGAGCCGCACAGAAUAAAGAAUAUUCAGAUGACUGCGACCCCCCUCCCUGUCCCACAACACCAUACGCAGUAACAACAGAAGAAUACUCAAAUGUGACACCGGCGCCCAGCAGUAAAGACGCAGAGUGUGAAACAGGCUGCAAUCAACAUGCUGAAACGAGAGCCCUGUCUGAGGUGGUGGAGCAGAGCCUUCUGUCCUUACUGUUCAUUCCACUCCUAGCGCUCAUAUUGCUGCUCGUGUGGAAGGUUCGAUCAUGUAGGAACGAGGAGGAUCCGCAACAAAGUCCUGGAGAAGUUGGACUCUUCCCAGGAGCCGAAGCGACCGCGCCUCCACUAGACACUGAAAUAUCAGAAAAAAACAUGUUGAACGUCAUCGAAAUAGAGUAACGGCGCUGCGCCCGCCCGCCUUCUGCGGCUCCUCCUCCCCCCCCCCCCCCCCCCCCUCUGCCCCUCCCCCUUCCCCUCCCUGUUGGCGUUCAGACCAAAAACCCGUGAUGAGGCACCCGGCGCGUUUCCGACUCCUCUGCAGGCCGGCGGUCACAAGGCGCCGUGGGCCGAGCUCCGCCUUCCAUGUGAGACUCCAUUAAACCUCGUGCUUCUGAAAAAAGACUAAGACCCUCCACCACCACCACCGCCCCCCCCCCCACUGACUUGGCUCCCGCGGAUCGUCCUGCAGAACCUGCUGCUGCUGCUCCAUAACCCCCCCCUCCAGGCCCUCCAGGCCCCCCCCACACAGCUCCUUCAGCGCUGCGACAGCCUGCCUGUGUGUUUUUUUUGGAGCCGGCGGUUCGUCUACAAACAGGCGGUGCAGAGGCUGACGGACACUCGGCGUCUCCUGCACCAGCUGAGGCAUGAAUUUCUACCUCCGGUGAACCCUCCCCCCCCCGCCCCCCCACUCCGCGUUUUUGACCACAUCUUCGACGGCUCUGCGGCCUCUUCUCCCGGUCCGGGCUUCCCCUCAAGAAUGUAACGUUGGACAUUUGUACUUCCAGCUUUGUAGUCACGCUGUCUGGUUCCGGCCCGUCGGGGCGCUCCAUGUAUUUAUUUAUUGGCGGCAGCACUGAGCUGCUGUUGUCGAUACAACUGAGACGUUACAAGCGAUCACUUAAGAGCAACUCUACUAAUGGGUCACAUUUAAAGAACAAUUAUAUACUAACCCCCCCCUCCCCCAAUGUUCCCACUACAUCUCCUGGUGUGAUGCCGUUGUUGGUGUAUGUGACUCGGAUGGUUUAGGUUGAGUGAAUGGAUCACACGGAGAACAGAACCGAACAUGCUGCUUUGAAUGACUAUUGGACCAUCGUGUUGUGAGUAUCAGGGAUGACUCAGAACACAGGUGACAGAGGAAUGACAACGACGGGCCUCCCCUAGUUAACCAUGGCUCUAAAACGCCUUUUUGUUAAAUCUCACCAAAGCAAAAAAAUCUUUUUAAAGGGCCAUUCAAAAAAAAGUUCAAUCAGAGAAGUAAGACUGAUUAUAAAAAUGCUGUAUAAUAUUGUUAAAUGCUUUUUACUCCAUGACUUUAUUACAGUCGCAAACCCAACCCGUCGGCUUAUUCUUACUCAUUUUGCCUUUGUCCGGUAUCAGUGUUGUACUUGCAUAAUAAAACCCACUGAAGACAAUCUGACCAGGCUAGUUAGUGCAUUCAUCAUGAUUCCAAUGCGAUUCUUACAGACGUGCACCUUUAUUUGUUCCCGCAACACGCAGCUCGCCGGGUGGGAACGCCGGGCGGACCCAAAUGUCAAUGUUGCCUUAAAGUGCAGAGAUCCACGUGAAGGGCAGAACAUCACUACACGUCGGUUGCAUGAACCUUGCGGUGAUCUGUGGGAAGUGAAGAAGUCAGGUUCAGGGCGUAAAGGUGCCCCUCCCUGAAAAAUCUGAUCAUCCCGCUCCCUUUCUCACUGAUAACAGACCUCAGCUGGUCAAAGGCAUUCGAACUAUGGCACGCAGUUGACGCUCUGCAACGAGCGCCGCGCCUGCUUGCUAACCAGAGUAAAAUCAAAGGCAGCAUCUGGCCACGUCCGCCCCAUUGGGCCCGUUUCCCGGGAGCGCGCCGCUUCGACCCGGGACAGAAAGACGACGCAGAGGUGCCGAAGCAGCUAACGCGACCCGCUUAGCCUCGCCCCAAAGCAGGUCGAGGUCCAUUUAACUCCGGGCGUCAAGGUGCGACCGAGGAGCCGAUGAGAGGUAGAAGAGGCCCGUUUUCCCACCGGGCCCCAGGAGAGUAGACCGGGACCAAAUCACACACAUCUGUUUCUAGAUUCUAGUCAUGUUUGUGGUCUCACAUUGCACCAUAUCCAUUUCUCUGUUUUGUGCCUUGUUGGGUUAGUUUGAUUGAGCCGUUGAUGUAGAAAAAGAAGCCUCUCUGAGUUCCUGCAUGGUAGCAGAAAGUGGUGAGGCCACAGAUCAGCUCCCCAAACCUUCUCUUCUUUUCUCGCAUCUUUCAUGUUGUUUGAACUUUGACAUCUGAUACGUCGCUUGACUUUUGACUUGGGGCCGGUCGUGAUUCUCACCGGCAGAAUAAUCUGCAGUGGUUGGGACAUAACUUUUCGUGUUAUCCUGUUGUAAACCUUUAGGAAACAAGUUGAGCUGCUUGUUUCACGUGUAUUUGGGAUGUAGGAGGAGUACUUUGUGCAAAACGGAAUCUGUGUUUAAGGAGAACGAGUAUACCACAUUGGUGUUCAUAUAGUUGAGAGCAGCAGUACCAUUCAGCAUCAAUAGCCAGGAUUAUUCGCUGUGGUUUUGUAUUGUUUGUUGUUUUGACCUGCAAGAGGAUUACAUGCAACCGAAAUUGAACUUUUGAACAAUAUUAGAGCAUAUUAUCUACGGCAGCCUGGACCCUCACUUUGUUCGGCUUUGGGUUCUGCUUCUCUCCGUAAAGGCCAAACUAACAAACAAACAAAGGUAUACUCUGUCAAAAGCUUCUUUUUGUUUUUAAUGCAUAGUCUUUGAAUAUCAUGAGCUGCAACAGGUCUAAGCUGUGAACCAAAAAAAAGAGAGAAAAGCAACACGUCCUCCCAUCUUGCCGCUGCGUGUUCCUGAUGCAGAGAAUCCACGUCAUUCCAGCGUGUUGCUGUGCGUGUUGCUGUGCGUGUUGCUGCGCGUGUUGCUGCGCGUGUUGCUGUGCGUGUUGCUGUGCGUGUUGCUACGCGUGUUGCUGUGCGUGUUGCUGUGCGUGUUGCUGUGCGUGUUGCUACGCGCGUUGCUGUGCGUGUUGCUGCGCGUGUUGCUGCGCGUGUUGCUGUGCAUGUUGCUGUGCGUGUUGCUGUGCGUGUUGCUGUGCGUGUUGCUGCUGUGCGUGUUGCUGUGCGUGUUGCUACGCGUGUUGCUGUGCGUGUUGCUGCUGUGCAUGUUGCUGUGCGUGUUGCUAUGCGUGUUGCUGCGCGUGUUGCUGUGCGUGUUGCUAUGCGUGUUGCUGUGCGUGUUGCUGCUGUGCGUGUUGCUGUGCGUGUUGCUGCUGUGCGUGUUGCUGUGUGGUCCGAGUGAGCAGAGCUACACACUGAACGGUGCAUUCGGGCUCGAUGGAUCCACCUCACUGCAGUAGGAGGGAGAGGGGGGGGCUCCAGGCAGGAAAUAGGUCUGGGUGCCAAAAAGCAAAUGUAAUUAUUAUUGCCGGUUGGUUUUCUGGGUGAAAACUGUUUUCUGUAUUUUUGUAUAAAUAUAAAGACAUAUACAAUGAUAUAUGAGAUAUGAAUAAAGUAC